AUGUCAAAGCGUCACCUUUUCCCAUCCUUGGACGGGCUCGUCCCCAAGGCUCUUCGCGGCAUCGUUGCUUCGAACCCCCGACUCAACCUGGACGAAGCCAACAAAGUCGUAUACGACUCCGAAGCACCUCGGUCCAAUGUCAGCAUUGUCAGUGGCGGAGGAUCUGGACAUGAGCCUGCCUGGGCCGGCUAUGUUGGAACCAACUUACUUGCGGCAGCCGUAAUGGGUGACGUCUUUGCCUCACCAAGCACCAAGCAAAUUCUAGCCGCGGUCGAAUCAGUACCUUCCGACAAGGGCACUCUCCUGGUAAUUACGAACUACACGGGCGACUGUCUUCAUUUUGGACUCGCGGCCGAGAAGACGAAGGCAAAGGGCAAUCCGUGUAAGAUGCUCAUCUGCGGCGACGAUGUCUCCAUCGGGAAGAAGGGCGGCUCCCUAGUCGGAAGACGUGGGUUGGCCGGGCAAAUUGGAGUGCUCAAGGUUCUUGGUGCGGCAGCUGCUCAGGGGGCGACUCUCGAUGAGCUUUACGAUUUCGGUUCUGCAUUUGCCAACUCGAUUGUCAGCAUUUCUGCUACUCUCGACCAUUGCCACGUCCCGGGGAGGACUGAGCACGGAGCACUAGCCGAGGACGAGCUGGAACUGGGAACUGGACCACACAACGAGCCAGGUUACUGGAAGCUGUCACCAGCACCUUCAGCCGAGGGACUCGUCCAGCAGAUUCUCAAGUACUGCCUGGACGAGACAGACCCCGAAAGAAGCUACGUCAAGUUCAACCCCGGUGAUGAGACGGUCCUUUUGAUCAGCAAUUUCGGCGGCAUCUCGAAUCUUGAGUUGGGCGGGCUCGUAGACGAGAUUCUGCAACAACUGCUCAAGGACUGGAAUAUGGAGCCGGUUCGAGUGUACUCGGGAUGCCUGGAGACAUCACUCAACGCUCCUGCAUUUUCAGUAUCCGUUAUCAACAUCACCGCUGCUGCAGCCAACAGCACCUACACCGUUGACCAGAUCAAGGGCUUCUUUGACACUCGAACGGACACCGCCUGGGAAGCCGUUGCUGGAUACCAGAGUUAUCCGCGACGACGUAAGCGGUCUGAGCAGGUCGUUCCACCCCCGAAAGAAAUCAGGAGAACAGUCGAUGACUCCACUGACCUGAAGAUUGACCCAUCGCUGCUCGAGAGCAUGAUCGAGAGCGCCUGCAACGCAGUGUCAGCCGCAGAGCCGGAUCUCACAAAGUGGGACACCGUCAUGGGCGACGGCGAUUGCGGCCUGACCCUGCAGACGGGAGCCAACGCGCUAGUAGAUGCUCUGAAGACCAAGAAGGUUGCCUCCAAUGGCUCGGUGAUCGAGGUCCUGAACGAGCUGGAAGAUAUCGUCGAGGGUAAGAUGGGAGGGACAUUGGGUGGCAUUCUGGGUAUCUUCUUCGUGGCGCUGCGGACGGCGCUUCAGGAGAACAUCGGACUCGCAAAGGAAGUGGGAGUUCCUGCUCUAUGGGGAAAAGCUUUGUCAACUGCCAUCAGUCAUUUGCGUCAGUACACCCCGGCCAAAGUUGGUGAUCGUACAGUGAUGGACACGCUGAUUCCCUUCGCCAUGGCUAUGGAAGAAGGGAGAAGCUUUGAACAGAGCGUCGCUGCAGCUGUGAAGGGAUCCGAAGGGACCAAGAAGUUGAAGCCAAAACUGGGCAGGGCUACUUACGUUGGUGUUGGUGCGGAUAACAACAAGGAGCUGCCGCCCGAUCCAGGUGCGUGGGGAGCCAUGGUCGGACUCCAGGGCCUCUUGUCGGCUUUCUAA